AUGACCAUGGUCUCAAAUGAUCCCGUUUGGUGGCCAAGUAUUAAUGGAUUUCGUGUUCAAAGCUAUUUUGCAGUUGCCGCUUUUGUUGCAGUGGUGUAUGAUUGGUCACUUACAUUCGGACAAGAGGUAGAAUUAAUAUGGAGACAACGCUGGUCCGUGAUGACAGCUAUGUAUCUCGGUGCGCGUUACCUUGGAAUCUUAUCCGCUGCCCUGUCUAUUCUGGGCAAUGUUCCGACCAUCUGGCUGACAGACACAGUGAGCUGGAUUAUGUACACCGUAUGGAAUUGGAUGGGUGUUGUGGUAGUUGCGAUGCUGUGGGUCAUCAUCAUCGCUCGGUUGCAUGCCAUGUAUCAAGGAUCAAGAAAGAUCCUGAUAUUUCUCAUUGUCACCUUCCUGGCUAUCAACACUUUCGAUACAAUGGUCACGACAAUGACAACGAUGCAUACUUCAGGGGAGGAAUUCAUUCUCUCUGGCACUCAUCAGUGCCAGAUUGACUAUUCGAAAGAUAUCCCACUUCUGAGUUCUAUUACUUGGAUACUCGCCACUGUAUGGGAGGUCCUCGCGCUAUGUCUCGCAGUCUGGAUGGCGGUAAAACACUUACGUGAACUGCGACAACAUUCGGCAGGAGGGAUUAUCGAGGACUGUUUCAUGGUGUUGAUGAAAACUCACGCGGUUUACUUUGCGAGCUUUGUUGCUGUUUCUUGCUUCCAUCUCAUUCUUGAUUUCUAUCCAACAUUCUUCACGGACAAUUCCUUGGAUCCUCUGAUUGUUUCUGGAUGUCUUCAGAUUUUGGAGGUCGUGCAGAUGUUUGUGUUGGGACCGCGCCUGAUCCUUGGUGUUCGAGAAUACCACGCUAAGCUCGUGGCCGAUUCUGAUGUAGCGACUGGUAUGACCUCAAUCGCUUUCCAGGAGCGUGUGGAAAUAUCGACUGGUAGUGGUGUGUGA